UCUCUCUCAGAUCCAAAUUCCUCUGCAUUUCUGUCUGUCAUCAUCUUCUAUCUUCCUUAGAUCCCAUAAUUUGUUCACCCGGAUCUGGACUUUUCAACUUCUCCGUCUGUACCUGUCGAUACUUGGGUUUCCAUUGCGAUCGAUCGUUCUUUUCUGCUGUUAUUUGGUUCGGAUCGAGCUCAUCCAGAGCUUCACAACGGACCCAAUCAUGAAUCCCUUUUCAUCAGGAACGCGGUUAAGGGAUAUGAUUCGAGCUAUACGUGCUUGCAAAACGGCUGCAGAAGAACGAGCUGUUGUAAGGAAAGAGUGUGCUACCAUUCGUGCUGCAGUUAGUGAAAAUGACCAAGAUUAUCGGCACCGUAAUCUGGCAAAACUCAUGUUCAUUCACAUGCUUGGUUACCCCACACAUUUUGGUCAAAUGGAGUGCCUAAAGUCAAUAGCAUCUGCUGGAUUUCCAGAGAAGAGAAUAGGAUAUCUUGGUCUCAUGUUGCUUCUUGAUGAAAGACAAGAAGUUCUUAUGCUGGUUACGAACUCUCUCAAGCAAGAUCUUAACCACACGAAUCAGUAUAUUGUUGGUCUUGCUCUUUGUGCUUUGGGGAAUAUUUGUUCAGCAGAAAUGGCUCGUGAUCUUGCACCUGAAGUUGAAAGAUUGCUUCAAUUUCGAGAUCCUAACAUACGAAAAAAAGCUGCAUUAUGCUCUAUAAGGAUAAUAAAGAAAGUGCCAGAUCUGGCAGAGAAUUUUAUUAGUCCUGCUGCUGCCUUGCUCAAAGAAAAGCACCAUGGGGUUUUGAUAACAGGAGUUCAGCUUUGUACAGAUCUAUGCAAAGUCAGUACAGAGGCCCUUGAUUAUUUUAGAAAGAGGUGCACGGAGGGUUUGGUUAAAGUUCUAAAGGAUGUCGUCAAUAGUCCAUAUUCACCUGAGUACGACAUGUCUGGGAUUACAGACCCUUUCCUUCAUAUCCGAUUUCUUAGGCUCUUACGCAUUUUGGGCCAAGGAGAUGCAGAUGCUAGUGACUGUAUGAAUGAUAUUCUUGCUCAGGUAGCAACGAAAACCGAGCCAAACAAAAAUGCAGGGAAUGCCAUUCUUUAUGAAUGCGUUGAAACUAUUAUGAGCAUUGAGGACAAUAGUGGCUUACGUGUGCUUGCCAUUAAUAUUUUGGGAAGAUUCUUGUCAAACCGCGACAACAAUAUCAGAUAUGUUGCAUUGAACAUGCUGAUGAAGGCUAUUGCUGUGGAUGCCCAAGCAGUGCAGAGGCAUCGGGCAACAAUUUUGGAGUGUGUAAAGGAUUCAGACGCUUCCAUUAGGAAGAGGGCACUUGAACUUAUCUUUCUGCUAGUGAAUGAAAGCAAUGUGAAGCCUUUGACAAAAGAGCUUAUUGAUUAUCUGGAAGUAAGUGAUCAAGAAUUCAAGGAAGAUCUUACUGCCAAAAUUUGCUCCAUUGUUGAAAAGUUUUCCCCAGAAAAACAAUGGUACAUUGAUCAGAUGCUCAAGGUUCUCUCUGAGGCUGGAAAUUUCGUGAAGGAUGAAGUUUGGCAUGCCCUUAUUGUUGUAAUAAGCAAUGCCCCUGACCUCCAUGGGUAUACUGUCAGGGCCCUUUACAGGGCAGUACAAACAUCAGGUGAACAGGAAAGUCUUGUGCGAGUGGCUGUCUGGUGCAUUGGGGAAUAUGGUGAAAUGUUGGUCAAUAAUGUUGGGAUGCUUAAUAUAGAGGAACCAAUAACUCAGGUAACAGAAUCUGAUGCUGUGGAUGUGUUAGAGAUUGCCAUGAAGCGUCACACAUCAGAUAUUACCACUCGAGCGAUGUCUUUAAUUGCCCUUUUAAAGCUCUCCUCUCGUUUCCCAUCUUGUUCACAGAGGGUAAAGGAAAUAAUUGUUCAGCAUAAAGGAGGCCUUGUGUUAGAACUGCAGCAGCGAUCCAUUGAAUUUAAUUCUAUAAUUGAGAGGCAUCAGAAUAUCAGGCCAGCGUUGGUUGAGCGGAUGCCAGUUCUAGAUGAAGCAACCUAUAGUGGAAAAAGAGCAGGCUCUUUGCCGCCAACUGUUUCAACCUCUACAGGGUCUUCACUCAAUCUUCCAAAUGGAGUUGCCAAACCCCCUGCUGCCCCUCUGGUUGAUUUACUUGAUUUAACUUCAGAUGAUGCCCCUGCUCCUAGCUCUUCUGAUGGUGAUUUUCUUCAGGAUCUGCUUGGUGUAGAUUUGGCACCAAUUCCAUCACUCUCAGGUACAAGCCAGGCUCCACCAAGUGGCACAGAUGUUCUACUGGAUCUGCUAUCAAUAGGAACUCCUCCUCCUGUGCAAACCAAUCCAUCAACACCCAUCAUAUCAUCCCCCAGUCAGAAUAGCCAAACAUCAGUUGCUCCAUUGGAGAGGCUUUCAUCACUUUCUUCUCCACUUUCCACACAAGUUUCUUCUCCUGCAGGAGCAUCACCUAUUGUGGAUUUGUUGGAUGGUUUAUCCCCCAGCCUGUCAAUGCCAGAUAACAAAGCUCAGGAGUCAAAUUUCUCUGGAGACAAUAAUGGUCUGGUCUAUCCAUCUAUAGUUGCAUUUCAGAGCGGCUCCUUGAAAAUGAUGUUCAGCUUCUCAAAGCCCCCUGGAAACCCACAAACAACGAUCAUCCAAGCUACUUUUACAAAUAUGUCAUCUAAUGUCUACACAGACUUUAUUUUCCAGGCAGCAGUUCCAAAGUUUGUUCAACUGCACUUAGAUCCAGCUAGCAGUAACUCUCUUCCUGCCAGUGGCAAUGGGUCAGUCACACAAAAAUUCCGUGUUACUAAUAGCCAACAUGGACAGAAACCUCUUGCUAUGCGCAUACGGAUAGCUUACAAGGUGAAUGGUCAAGAUGUUCUGGAACAGGGACAAAUCAAUAAGUUUCCUGCUGGCUUGUAAGGUUGACGUUUAUUCAGUCUUCAAAACGUCACACAUCCGGAGCUAAGAUCUUUCUAUGAACGGCCAUUGAAGAAGCGACUUUGCUGCCUGGAACUGUGGGGUCAAUCGCAGUAUCCAUUUUUAAUUAUUUCAGGAGCAAUAUAGCUUCUAUCAACGCAACACACUUUGAGCCUGGGAUUCGGCGAUAGCCCACUGGGCCUUUUUGUGUGGUCAGUGUACAUUAUAAUAUAAUCUUCCAUAAGAGUUUCAGGGACUGAUUUUUCUUCUGAUCCAGGUAGAGAGAGCAUUGUUUUUGAGUCAUUACAGACACGGCUGUGUUAGCUGCUUUUGUACGGAUUGAACCUGCCAGUGCAAUUGGAAGAUGGUGGAACUUAAAGAGUGUGAUUCAUGUAGUUUGAAAACC